AUGCUCCGCCAGGCUAUUCGAGGAGCUCGAUGGCACCAUGCGGCGCGCAAUCCGCCGGUUUCCCUGCGCGCUUUUAGCGCUGUAACGGCGCGUCGGCUUGACUUCGGUGGGCCAAAUGAUAAGGUCAACUUUUACGAACAAGAUGCCCCCGGUCAGAAGCGACGGAAGGUCGACCCUGAGGCUGAAGAGCUUCAGGAGCGAGAGGAGGUGCAGGAGGAGCUCACAAAGAUUCAGCAGGAGCUCAAAAUUCUAGAGAAAGGACCAUUCGACCCCGACGGUCCGUUUAUCCAGAGUCUACCAGAAGACGACCGAAAAAUUGCCCUCGAGGCCCUUCGAAAAUAUGAAGAAGAACGUGGACCAUUAGAACCGCAGCCGUCUUUGGAUGAUGUGUUUGACGAGGAGCUGGACGAUAUGCUGAAAAAGGAGUUUGAGGGCCUGGCAUUUGAGCAAGAGAACUUGCAGGACAGUGCCAGAGAACAACGCAAGGCAGCUGCGCGAAAAGCCUCGGAGGCCAGGAAGCUAGUGGGUUCCAACUCUCAUCCGUACGGUGAACGUUUCAGAAAGGCUCUUCGACAAUAUACGAUGAAUCCAUCGGAUGAUCGCGCUUGUCAGGAAGUAUGGAAAGCGUAUCGCCGAUGCAAACAAGCAAUCCCAGGAUUUCUCGAAGCACUACCUCCCGACGCCAUGCAAGAAGUAUGGAAAUCACAAACUACAUCUCAAUUAUCCAAUACUGUACGCUCAACACACCUGCAAACCCUUUUCCAAGAUUCGACGUCCGUCGGGAGAUCGCUUGCCAAGCCCCAGAUUCUGUCAUAUAUCCAAGCUUUGCACACUGGUGGUGCGACCAACAUGGCAUUGGAACAAUGGGAGGCAUAUCAAUCAGAGCUUUCGCAGGAAAAGGAUGAUCUCGAGGAAUAUUGGAUGCUCGGUGUACGCCUCUUUGCGGCCGCAAAGGACCCUCAACGAGCCCAGGAUAUCGCCUUGGCAUUCCUUUCAAACGAUCAAUCUCGGCAGCCGAGAGUUCUCAUCCCGGUUAUCACAGCAUGGGGCCUGGUUCCAGGGAAGGAAGCGGAGGUGAAGGCAUGGGCGUUAUACUUGCAGCUAAAAACUUUUUUGGGUCCAGAAAUGACCAUGGAAGACUAUGAUCAGAUCAGUAUCGGACUUUUGACGGCUGGCCGAUUGGAUACUGCGGUCGCUAUCUUCAAGGAUAUGAUGGUGACGGGACAAGACCCUGCUAAAGACUCCACAGCCGUAUAUCAAGCAGCUCUUGGCCUCGCCGGCAAUCUUCACGCGUCGAGCAUCAAUGAGGAGGCCGUGAACAAGGUCUCUUUAUCGGCACUCACGAUGUUGCCUCGUCAAUUUCAAAAUAGGUUCUUCUAUGCCAGCUGGAUGAAGAAGCUUAUUGGAAUGGGUCAGGUCGAUUCAGCUGCAUUAGUAAUUGAGCUCAUGUACGAGCGAGGUGUGCGACCGGAUACCAAGCAUCUUAAUGGCUUGGUUGCUGGAUGGCUCCAUGAGGGCAAUCCCCAGGCACGAGACAAAGCAGAACGACUAGCGUGGUCAAUGAUUCAACAUCGUAUCGACGCCGUGUGGAAGCGAUAUCAGCCUGUUGAAACGAUGCCCCAGCUUCAGGUCCAACAUCAGGCAGUGGAACCCAGCCGACUCCCGCGCUGGAUGAAACGUGAGGUGCCGCCUGCUAGUAUCGAGACAUUCUCUAUCCUUCUUCUCCACUACACGCGCCGAGGCGACGACGACAUGAUCAAGUACCUGGUCAAGUGCCUUGGUGACGCCCACAUCCAACCAAACUCCUACUUCAUGAACCACCUUCUCUAUGCCGAACUUCGCAAGCAAGAUAUCCGUGCUCUCUGGACCAAGUUUCAAAAGAUGUCCGCCUCCGUCCGACCCGAUCUAGAGACCUACGCAUGCCUGUGGGAUUGCGCAAAACUGCAGUUUGACCGUGGUCGCACCUCUUUCGAUGCGGGAUUCCCAUCUGCUCGCCAGCUGUUCGCUGGUAUGAUGCGGUGGUAUUCCCAGCUCACCCCACGGGCCCGCAAGGUUACAAACUCCGAGUUCUCCAAAGAACUCUAUGACCAGAUUGUACGUUGUUUCUGUUUAUCCAAAGAUAUACCGGGUACUCUUCUGGCAAUCUAUUCGAUGCGAGCGACAUUUGGAUUUGCACCAGAUGACGUGACUGCUCGUUUGAUUGUUCUCCAAGUUGCGCGUCUAGCCGGUGUACCUGCCGAUACACCUAAGCAUCGUCUCCGACGGUUAUCGUCUACUCCACGCAGUAAAGAAAAUAUAGGACAAGUCAAUCGACUUCUUGCAUUACUCGGCGAACGCAAGUCAAUGGCUCUCCAGGCCCAGGGCUUGAGUGUUGAGCAGCUUGAUCCACAUGAGACACAGCAGUACCAGCUCGAGAUUAUGGCCCAGCUGCUGCGCAUUGUGUUGAGUCGGACAAAUCGUCUAGACCCCGUGCAGGUUGAGAAGAAAUUGGCACAAGCUGCAGUGGAGAUGGAACUACCAGAAAUCGAUCUUGGCUUGCCCUUGGGAGUGGAUGAUAGCCAAUUGCUAUAA